GCCUUCGCAGUCCAUUGCCGCAGCGUCAAGCCACAAGGUUGCCAAGGUGACUCAGGGGGCGGCCCAAUCCCUCGCGGAGGGUUCCGGCGCUUCUCAUAUGCCCCAUUUGUCCAAACUCAAUUGGCAAAUACUAUCUGGGGCUCGCCACGCAAAACACACUUGCUAUCCUUGAACCCGCAAACCUGUGUCGACUCCGCGUUCUCACACCGAUGAUUUCCGCGUCAGUGCACCGCUGCGUCAGGGCCGCGCUUGGCGGCUUCUCUGCGACAUCGCAGCCAGCUGCGCUCGCGUCCGCUUGUCAAGGCCUCCGCAAGAUGCUGCUGCGGCCGCCCCACCGCAGUGUUCACGCCGGCGCCUGCAGCCAGACCGGCAGCCACAUGAGCGACAACGACCCAGCGUCGCUCGCGUACCACAAGGAAAAGGCGCUCAAGGGCGAGACGCCGGCCUUCGUGCCGACGGCGGAGGGCUGGCACGAGACCCUGGCGUCCGUGAGCGAGGCGGUGGUCAAGGCGGAGCAGUGUGUGGACGUGGACACGACCAAGGUGCCAGAGAAGCUGGAGGCACUGCAGCAGCACACUAUCCACGUGGUCCAGCAGCUGCACCACGCGGGCGAGGACGGCAUGCCCGCCACCCAGCGCAACGCCGGCCGCGACGUGUCAGAGUCGCCGGCGCACCGGGCCAACCUGGAGCACACGCGCAACACCACCACCAGCCACGACCCGCGCUAGGUGUGUGGCGGCGGUUCAGUGGCGGCGUGCCCAGGCUGAACCUAAGAGCCGUAAUACAGGGCAUGGCAAGGUCAGGGGAGUUAGGCGUGCAUAGCCAAGUCGGUGCCGCGGAAUGCAGGCAUAUGAGCAGCGAUGCGGCAUAGGCACAGAUGUAGAAUGUCGGCGGCUCGAAAGAAAACGGUCUGCACCACGUGGACCGCACUCGGACAUGCCCUGUAACUGGGUGGAUGGUAGUGCAUGUGCUGUCCGGGGCCUUAUCAACGGCUGUUUAGGGUUGGCUGGCUAUAAGGCCGAGGCUGUUGGUGAGGAUUGCGUUGGGUCAGACUGCAUGUAAAGGGGAUUGUCCAUUCUCCUUACGCAUCCAAAGUGUGCUUGGGUCACCGCGGCCGGGCUCAAUUGCGCACAGGUUGGUCUUUGCAUCGUGGCCAAAAUCAUCUGCGUUUCAGUGCCCGCAACGGGUGCGACAUGCCACAUGGUGUAUUAGGGCCGUCCGUGGCUCUCGCCAACGCGGCGUCCUUAACCCUCCGCCACACGCCGAAGCAAUGUGUUGAGUUUGCGCCUAGGACAGACGACCACUCAGGAAAGUGUAAGAGGGCUAGUGA